CCGUGCCUGGGAUGCAGAAGCACCAGUGACAAGUGACGCUAUCUCGAUCACUCGAGCGCAAUCUGCUCUCGUGUCUCUCUGCAGUUCUACGUGCAUUGUCCCUUUCUGCGGGCAUUUCCCGCGCGUCCAGUGUCCAAAGAAGCCACACUAAGUGUACACUUUAGCCACACGUGUACAGCCAUGCAGACCAGGCCGGAAUCCCUCUGGAGCAGCAGCUCCUCUCCCGUCGCAUCUCCCAGCAUUCAAGAGGAAUCCGCGCCCGCUGGAACUCUCUUUACCGAGGCUCUCAAAGUGCGUGCCCAGAAACGGCGACGAUGGAUGUUAGCGGCCGUUGUCUACGCCGGCAACUUCUGCGCUGCCAUGAGCUUCUCCCUGCAGGCACCCUUCUUCCCUAAACAGGCGGAAGAAAAGGGCGCCACGCCAACAGAAUAUGGCCUCAUCUUCUCCUCUUUCUAUUUUACCACUUUUCUCGUCGCACCCCUGUACGGCAAAUUGGUCGGACUUAUUUCGCCAAAUUACCUGAUGGUCGGCGGGCUUUUCUUUAACUGCAUCAGCGUUACUUCAUUUGGGUUUGUGAACCUCGUUCCCGGACGGUACGCCUUCGUGGCGACUGCGUUUAUUAUUCGAAUCACGGAAGGAUUGGGUUCUGCGGCGUUUGUGACGGCCAGUUCCACCAUAGUGAUGACCGAGUUCCCGGACAACCUAGGAACCGUGAUGGCAUCCAUAAAGACGGCUUCCAGCGUUGGCGUCAUCUUCGGACCUAGCAUCGGCGGGGUCCUGUUUGAUGCGGGAGGCUACUUCCUCCCGUUCGUUGUCUGCGGUGGUUUGACCUUCUUAUGUACGAUAGCGUCUAUCUUCGUCAUCCCUAAGAACGCUGAAAGAGCAACUCAGUCGAGUGGCAAUGCCAAACAUUUUUGGAGCGGUCCCAUGGUGUACCUCUUCGGAGCGGCCAUAUUCGGGGCUUUCGCCUGCAUGGGCUUCAACCAGGCCACACUGGAGCCGCAUCUUCGACAGUUCGGACUGUCAACGACACUAGUAGGCGUGAUAUUCAUGACGCAAGGCAUAAUGAACUGCGUGGCCGUACCUGUCUGGGGCUUGCUGUGCGACAGAAAGGUUAACACAACACUGCUCUCUGCCAUAGGCUGCGUAUUCGUCAGCAUCUACUUGACGUUUAUUGGCCCUGCGCCGUUUCUUCCUAUACCAACGAAGCUGUGGCUGAUCAUCCCGUCCUUAGCCUGCUUCGGUAUCGGACUUGGAGGGGCUUCCAUCUGUGCAUUCAUCGCCACACUUCAGUACACGCUAGGUCGAGGCUUCGAACGUGACGUCGUUACCAAUGGCCUUGUAUCAUCAAUGUUUACAAUAUGGCGGUCAAUGGGUGCGUUCACGGGUCCUGCCUUAGGGGGCGCAUUGUUGCAGCACGUUGGCUACAAGUGGGGGACAGUCGUCAUUCUAAGUUUUCAAGUCAUUCUGGCAACAUUAUUGAUGGCAGUGUACAUUCAGAAAAAAUGUUCUCCAGGAGAAAUUCCUCUGGAACGCUUCGAGAACGUCGUUGAAGAUGACUCCACGACGAACGAUUCGAAUCCUCCUCAGCAGCAGCUGAGCUUCUCUAACCCGUGUAAUAGUAGGGAAGUUGGGAUACCGAAUAUGGGUCGUGCGCACUUAACUGAAUUGCAGACAGUUUCCACCUAGUCCCAACGGCCUCUACGACAAUGGUUCCCGGACUUCCGACCCCCCCCCCUCCCCCCCACACUCCCCGGUUUAUCUAAUCGCGAUGCAGGACGUCUUCCGAUCUCAGCGCAUGGACAUUAAGAGCCAAAAGCACACUGACAUUUUAUUGGAGCAACAUUCAGAGCGGGUGCUCUGGCCAAAAAGUCUUGCACAACUGCAUGCUUCGCUCACCAACAACGCACGCGAUACGCCGCCUACUACUUUUCUUAGGUUUCGGACGUCCGCUCUAAUUCGAGAAGACGCCUCUACGCGGUGCACCGUCAACGCGAGGCGUCCGUGUAUGCCGCUAUAGACGCAGACGCUGUGGCCUUUAGUAGGAGCGAGUGGAUGUAUCGCGUGCAAGCGCAUUGAUGAGAAACCUCCGAGUCUGCUUCCACCAGCUUCAUGUUAACGUAGAAUAGUGGUAAUAGCGUAGAAUAACGUAGCUUGGCAUUCUUUUUUUUUUUGUUACUUUGUGGGCCACUUCACGACCAGACCAGCCGCUUCACGACUUCAGAACGUGUCGCGACCACCCUAGGUGUCGCGACCCACAGUUUGGGAACCACUGCUCUACGAGAAAAAGGAAUUGUUGAAGUGUUCACUACAGACUAAACAAAUUAUAUUUGUUCUAUUUCGUAUUGGAAAUCAACGCGCGCAAAACAUAAAUGCCGUCAAUAGACGCUACGCCGCUUCCAGGUAUUUUCGAAAGAACCCGCAAAACAAUUCAUCGUUUCGAACUCUGCACGGGUAUAUAGCUGACGUCUACUAGAGCUGUGGCAACGCCACCUGGACACAGAAGGUCUGCUUAAUGCCUAAUUUCACUCCUUCGUACGUAUAGACAUAUAUAAUGUAUAUACAUUCGCUUCAUCUCUUCUGAUUACAGAAGGACUAUUUCUGUUAAUGAUUUGUUGUAUAAGUGUGAGCUUGAGACCCUCGCUGUGCGUCGUGGAAGGUCAAGGCUUAAAUAUUUGUAUUUGCUUCUUCAUCACAAACUUGAAUGCGACAUUGUAAACUAUUUAACUCUGCGAGUUACAGGAUCCAGGAGACUGAAUCAUGCGAUGUCUCUAGAAGUACAGCUCUCAAAAACUGACGCUCACAAGUUUUCAUUUUUGCAACGCACAGCGGGGGACUGGAACAGGCUGCCUGAGGAAGCUGUCCUCAUUCAAGAUUAUAAUGUUUUUUGUUCGUGGCUUAAUAAGAAUGUCCACACCUGCUAGGACCCAUAACUGGGUCUGCAGUCUGAAUGAAUAAAAUUAAAAAAAUAAAGUCCGCCAAUCGCAGCAGCCAACCAAGAUGGCAGCCAAUCGCCGUAGACGAUUUUGAAACACGGGCUCUCUAUGGCUUCCAUACAAUGGCUUCCCCUACGACCGAUGGUGGCUCGCUUCCAUAGCUACGGCCGCUGAAGGCAACGUCACGUUUGGCGGACUCUUAAUUGUUACGCUGAAGCGACCGGGCUUUGUGUCUAGGCGCGCGCCUUCCCAGUCUCCGCUCUGCGUCCCACGUUGGAAGACAACCAGCAGCUGCGGUGAGGAGACGGAAAUCUGCCUUCCAGGAGCGAUUCUGCCAAACGCGUUGUUAAUUGCACACGUCAUGACGUCAUACUCAUUAAAGUUAUAAUUUUAUGAUACUUUCACGUUGCAUAUGGGAAGUCAGUAUUUCCUAUAGGAUUGUGAAGACACGAGAUUUGGUUCCUAGAGACACAUCGUUGAACUCAAUCCCUCCUCCGAAACGCAGCACCGUAUACGUUGAAUGCAACUUGUAUGCGAGUGCGCUUUUCUUUUUUUUUUUUCCUCGCUGGUUUGAAAAUAUUUUGGGCGCGAAUAUGUUCUAACACUUUCGGGGUGCUAAACGCCUCAUGAAAGAGGUCGUGCUGUACCUCAACAACAAUAAAAACAUGUCACAUCUUCUA